UUCCAUUUCAUUUCAGGCAAUUAUUUUAGAGAAUCUGAACAUUAUCAAGGGGAAUUCUCCAGUGUCAUAUCAGCAGGUUUUACAAUUUCUGGAAGGUUAAUUAGAAACUGUAUUCGAUAAAACGAGAAGAAACAUUCUUUGGGAAUUAGUCGGUACGGAUUUUGUGCCUGUCUUUUGAUAUUACGUGUACAUUCAUUUGGAUGCAGAACGGUGUAUAACUAAGAUAUAGUUUCAUUACUUGUUACAUCGGAAAGUUAAGCAUAUCGCACAACUUGUACGUUGUAGUCGAUGUUUGGAUAUAAUCAAUAAUAUAUAUAUUAGUUUUUUACCUUUAUUUGAAAAACAAAAAAAAAAAAGAAUGGUUUCUGCUGGAUUGUGCAUGAUUGAUUCGAUUGCAGCCAUACAAACAGUUGUUAAGAUAGGACACAUAUAUGCAUUAUUAUUGGAUAAUACAGGGGUUAAUACUACACGUUCCCCUGUCACCACAGUAGAGGGGCCGGUACUUGGGGAAAGCAAGGUUCCAGUGUCGAUUAAGCAGUUUGCAAGACAAGAAUUAUGCAAGGAUUUUGAUGGAAACAAGUAUUUCUACAAUGCAAUGAAAACAAAGUUUUGUUCAUUAACAUUGACCUUCACAGCAAAUCACGUACUUAGUCUUUGCAGAAAACGUGAUUUCAUGCUAGAUAAUUGGGUCUCUGAAUUAUUCGAUUUUGAUGGUGGAAUCAGUUAAACCUUGAUAGACAAGCAUAGCUGUCUAUUAUUCAAAGCCACAGUAUGUUAUGGAUCUGUUGUACAAUUUCUCCCCAUUUUUCAGGGGAUGGAUAUAUAUCACACCCAGAAAGGAAUUACUAUUCAAGGUAACAAACCGAAAAGACAACCUGAAAUCAAGGAAUGUAAACGUGUCUUGAAACAAUGGGAGCAAAGAAACAGCAGAACAAAUACCAUUACGAAUGAAUGCUGAUAUUUGCUAUGGAAAUCAGUUCUUUUAAUUUAUUAAGGAUAUAAGCAAUGCUAAGUCUUUUACACAAGUACAAUCAUGGCAUUUUGAACAACUGCAUUGAGGCAUUCUGGUGAAUAAAUAAUUGUAAAAAUGAAAAACGUGUUGUGCAUUUGACCUAUAUCAGUAAACAGUUUCUAUGCGUAAUGUGAUUUGGAAAGACGCUGACCGAAAUAUUAUGU